GAGGAGGCUGGAGAACACUGGAGGAGGCUGGAGAACACUGGAAGAGGUUGACGGACUCUGGAGGUCUGUGGUGAAGAAGCUAUAGGGGUCUGCGGUCAUGAGGCAGUGGGGUCUGUCAGAGAAUGGGUCAAUGAAGGACGAGGCGUUGGAAAGUAUGGUAACCCAGAGAUUUUGUGCUCUGUGCUUAUCUCAUCCAUCCACACACACAUUGAGAACACACACACACUACUGUAUAUGCUCAAGGGUCUUUCAGUCACGUAUGUAAGCUCUAUUCCUUCACACCUGCCUGACCGGAGACUCAAACCCUUUAGAUUAUAAGUAUGACUCUAACCAUUUGGCAGUGGUUGGGUUAUGUUUAAUUGUUAAUUAAACAAUGCUGUCCCUCCUGGUUUCAAGAUGACUUUAGGACAUGAUGGUGCACAGGACCAAUUGGGUUAACCAAGGUGAUUGGGUUAACCUCCAGUAGAGCAUGUAAAGGUGACUGGGUUAACCACUAAUAGACUAGUAAAUGAUGGAGAGUUGAUUGGGUUAACCACUAGUAAACUAGUAGAGGUGAUUCAGUUAACCACUUUUAGACUAGAAGAGGUGAUUGGGUUACCCACUGGUAGACAAGUAGAGCAUGUACAGUUCAUUGGGUUAACCACUAGUAGACUAGUCUCAACAUGUUGACCAGCAGGUUACCCGCAGCAGUGUUUAUGCCAGGUUAACUAGUAAUGUAAUGACACUCCUGUGCUGGCUGGUCAGGUUAGGGUUGGAGACGGGCAGGUUAGCACCAUUACGACAGUGUCUGUGGGUCUUGCCGUCUUCAGAAGAUUCUUGUUUUGUCACCAUGGCUCUUCUGACAGUGGAACAGUGUCUCGGCACACCUUGUGGACAAACUAAGAAGUGCAAAAACGAUUUAAAGCGCACGUGUGAUUCUCAGUACUGCUGGCGCUGCUCUGGUGUCUUCAUCAGUGUGAUUGAUAUCGGCCUUAUAUUGAUGUCUUCACUCUCCAGACAUCAGGCUCUGAUAAUCCUCCACUGACACACGCAGAACUGCUGGAGCGAAUAACACAUUCACUGUGCGCGAGGGUCAUUUCUGCACAGUGUGUGAAGUGCUCAUGAGAUUCCUAGCAUCGCUGGGACAGAGAGAGAAAGAGAGAGAGAAAGAGAGAGACAGACACACACACACACACACACACAGAGUCUUCAGGAAGCAGGAGUUUCAGCAGACACCCCAUCAUCAUCAUCAUCCUCAUCAUCAUGGAGCACAGUAACACUCACUGCAGCAGGACGUUUGGUUUAGCGCUCAGUGCUCUGCGACUACGCCAUCGAGCCAAACUCAGGCCAGACACACAGAAGGCUCCCUCCGAUCCUCCUCCUCCACCUCCACCUCCUCCACCUCCUCCUCCUCCACCUGAGCCCGUGGCCCCACCAGAACCGGAGGAGGAGAUUCUGGGCUCUGAUGACGAAGAGCAGGAGGACCCGGCCGACUACUGCAAAGGAGGAUACCAUCCCGUCAAGAUCGGAGACCUGUUCAACAGCCACUACCACGUCAUCCGCAAACUGGGCUGGGGACACUUCUCCACCGUAUGGCUGUGCUGGGACAUCCAAGGGAAGCGUUUUGUUGCGAUGAAGGUGGUGAAGAGUGCACAGCACUACACAGAGACGGCACUAGAUGAAAUUAAACUACUCCGAUGUGUGCGCGAGACUGAUCCUGAAGAUCCUAAUAAAGACAUGGUGGUUCAACUCAUAGACGACUUCAAGAUCUCAGGGGUGAACGGGAUUCACGUGUGUAUGGUGUUUGAAGUUCUCGGUCAUCAUUUGCUGAAGUGGAUCAUCAAGUCUAAUUAUCAGGGUUUGCCAUUACCCUGCGUCAAGAGCAUCAUCAGACAGGUGCUGCAGGGCCUGGAUUACCUGCACAGUAAGUGUAAGAUCAUCCACACAGACAUCAAGCCGGAGAACAUCCUGAUGUGUGUUGAUGAUGCGUUUGUACGGCGCAUGGCGGUGGAGGCGACGGAAUGGCAGAAAGCAGGAGCGCCGCCACCCUCGGGAUCCGCAGUCAGCACGGCUCCGCAACUCAAACAGGUGGGGAAGAUCUCCAAAAAUAAAAAGAAGAAGCUGAAGAAGAAGCAGAAGCGGCAGGCGGAGCUGUUGGAGAGGCGGAUGCUGGAGAUCGAGGCUCUGGAGCGCGAGGCGGAGAAGCAGAAGGUGGACGGAGAAACCAACGCAGAACACGGACCCACACUAGCGGACAGCGAAGAAGACGAGGAGGAAGAGGAAGAUGAGGAGGAGGAGGAGAAACAGCGGCCCGUCAGACUCACCAACCACACCUGUGCGGAGCCGGAGCAGCCGGAGGUGGAGGACAGUGAAGAUGGAGAAGAAGAGUCUCUCACACACACACCCACACACACACCCACACACACUGCCACACAGACUCCCACACAGACUCCCACACAGACUCCCACACACACACCUACACAUGCACACACUCCCACACACACUCCACUGGGGCGGACGGACACUCCGCAAGAGCCGGAGCGACCAACAGGAGUGGAGGAGCUAGACGGCGGCAGAGACAGCAGACAGGAGGAAGAGGAAAAAAAAGAGGAAGCAGAUAAAGAAGAGGAAGUAGAAAAAGGAGAGGAAAACAAGGAGACAGCAGCCGCUCCAUCAGAGAGCACAGAGGAGGAGGAGACGCGGCAGUGUGUGAAGGAGGAAGAGGAAACCAAACACACCAGAGACACACAGGAAGAGGAAGAGGAGGAGGAAGAAGACGACGAUGAAGAAGAUGAAGAGGAUGAGGAGGAAGAAGAGGAGGAAGAGGAGCAGAGCGUCGCAGCUAAGACUAAUGGUCAUGUGUGUGUGUGUGUGCAGGAGUGUGUGUCCCCCACUGUCCCCCCGCUGCUCUGCCCCCUGGUGGAGUCUGAGAUCAGCACCACCGACCGCGACGCCUCUGACGCCUCCUACGAGUUGUUCAAUGGGGACACGGCGGCCCUAAGCAAUGGGGCCCGACACCGCGGCACCGCCCCCCGCUUCCCUGAGCUCCCGCUGGAUCCUGACCCCACACACACUCUGCAGGAUCAGGCCCAGGGGCCCGACAGACACACCGACCGCAGCCGCACUGUGUCCUCGUCCAGCACCGGGGACACUCCCAAAGCUAGGAUCCGGGCCGCUGAUCUGCUGGUCAAUCCUCUGGAUCCACGAAACGCAGAAGCACUGAGAGUCAAAAUCGCAGACCUGGGCAACGCCUGCUGGGUGCACAAACACUUCACAGAGGACAUCCAGACGCGGCAGUACCGCUCCAUUGAGGUGCUGAUCGGCGCCGGCUACAGCACACCUGCAGACAUCUGGAGCACCGCCUGCAUGGCGUUCGAGCUCGCCACCGGUGACUAUCUGUUUGAGCCGCACUCCGGUGAAGACUACUCUCGUGAUGAAGACCACAUCGCUCUGAUUAUGGAGUUACUGGGAAAAAUCCCCCGCAAGAUCGUCGCCGCUGGAAAAUACAGCCGUGAGUUCUUCUCCAAGAAAGGCGAGCUGCGGCACAUCACCAAACUGAAGCCCUGGUCCCUGUUUGACGUGCUGGUGGAGAAGUACGGCUGGGCGGCGGAGGAGGCGGGGCACUUCACACACUUCCUGCUGCCCAUGCUGGAGAUGGUGCCAGAGAAACGGGCGUCGGCCUCCGAGUGCCUCCAUCACCCUUGGCUGAGCUCGUAGCACUGCCGCCUGAGGCUCGCUGGCGCCCCCUGUGGCUGAUCCGAACUGCAGCUUUACACAGCAGAGGCAGAGCAAGGGGAGGCUCCAGAGCGGCGUGGGCGGGCUUCACACACACACACAAUCUGAAUAUUCCUCCGGUUCAUUAAACAGAGUUAAUAUAUUAUACAGGCUUAAAACAGAAGUGUGUGUGUGUGUGUGUGUGUGUGUGUGUGUUUGCGUCUGUAAGUGCAUGAGUUUGAGUGUGUGAGUAAGUGCAUAGGUUAGUGUGUCUGUGUGCAAGUGCUGAAGUGUGUGUGUGUCUGUAAGCACGAGUGAGUGUGUGUGUGUGUGUGUGUUAGAAACAAACUGCUAGCUGAUUUUUCUUGAAGCCCACCUGAGUCGCUCUGCAUGAAGCUCCGCCUCUUUCCAGCCCACUGUCCAAUCAGGUUCUGUAAUGGAGCUGUUUACAAACCUCUCUCUCUCUCACACACACACACACACACACACACUCACACUGCCUCUGGAAUCAUGGGUCCAGCAGAGAUGUUUGUUCAGACGGGCGGAUGGACACUCCUGUGCUCCGCCGCUGAGGGUUUCAGGUGUGUGUUUGGGAGCUCCUCCAGCUCCUCACUCCUCGUCCUGCAGCGGGACGGCUCUGGCUCUCGCUCUGGAGCUGCGUCUGUGCUUUCGGUUCAGGGAAACUCACGGCUGUACAGAGAUCAGAGACUCACGGCUGAUCUGAGAGCAGCGCAGACGCGCGCACGCACACACACACACACACUCCAUCACCACCGUUAGUUUAGUUUCCGCAAUAACAGUAGACGGUGGAACACUUUAAACUAUUUAUCCUGAUUUAAGAGCCGCUCUCUGGUGUCGUGACCGUGACCGAGUUUAGUCCUAAUGCGGUGAUUGUGUUUGGUCUGUUUGGGUUAUUUUGAUUUGGGUUGUUUUAUUGGGUUGUCACUCCUCCGCCAUCGACCCGUGCUGCUCUGUGAGGACUCGUGCGACCGUGAGGAGUUUAUUGGACAUUUUUGCAAUAACAGUGAUGAUGAGGAUGAAGGUGUGCAGCGAGCGCUCCUGACGUGUCUCUCGCAGCCGCUGACUGUUCUUCCCACAGUUACGUCCCUGUUUUACAUCAAAGAUUUAAUAAAACUGUAAAUUAUCACACUGCCUGAA